AGCAUAAAAAAUUAAUAAUAUGAAAAAAUAAAACCUCUUGCUGCUCUGAAGAGAGAGAAUUUGAGACAGUCCUUGCUGUGGGUGUAGCUCAGCUCGCUCAGUCUCUUAUCAGUCUCUCUGGCACUACUAAAUGCCAUCCUGUGCCCGGCUGGGCCACAGGUACGAGCUCCCGGUGCUCUUCUGGGUUUUCAGUCCAGAGCAGGUUUAAACAGUCCCAAGAAAAAGGGAAAAAAACCCCACAGUCCAGGGAGCUUCUCUGCCACAGCUAAAUCUGACUAAAAGCAAUGGAGCUCUCUGUCCCGCUGUCUGUCUGUGCUUCAGCUGACACAGUCCAGGAGCAGAAGGCAGAGGAGUGAGCAGUUUCUCCAAAACAAACUGCUCCUUUCUACUUUCCCUGCCUUCGCUCUCAGAACCAGUCUUAAAGGUACAGAACUUAACAUACAGCAUAAACAGAUCAGACAAUUGGGGAUACAAGCAUCGAAAAGUCACCCAUGACAACACCCUAUUGCUUAGCUCCAGCUGUUGCAGUCUGGCUUAGCAGUAGUUCCAUGUACUCACUGCUUGCUUUGCUUUAAGCUUGCUUUGGCAGCUGAAAGGGCUCAAAUGUGGUUGAAAAGGCAGGUGAUAUGUGCCAGAUAUUAAGGGCUGUCAACAAAUGCACAGAGCACUUAACAGCAUCUAAGCCAGUGCCUCUUUUUGUUUGUUUGUGUGUAUUUGUUUGUGUUUGUGUUUGUUUGUUUUGUUUGUUUUGGUUUUUUGAUGUUGUUUACGUAGGACCCCAACUGCACCAAGGAUCAUGUAUCUCGCUUGAUGUCUUCACACUUGUGAACCUGAAUUAUUGUGGUAGCAGUAUCAAGGCCUGAAAACCUUACCUUUCUUCAAUUAAGUACAGAGGCUCUAAACCCUGAUGCCAUUCUUUGCUUACAUCUCCUCUGGGAGAGGUUCUUGGGAAUUUAGAUGCUGACACAGAUCAGCUGGUGACCAGAUCUUUCAAAUAAAGUCCUUCAUUGUAGAAUAACUCCAGCUUAUUGGUCAUUACUCUUUUUCGUCUAUGAACAUCUCCACAAAAACAUUUUUAUUGUCUCCCUUCUGCCUCACUUGAGCCCUUCAAAUGCCCUUUUCAUUGCCAGCUCUCAACACAAGGCACACCCAGAGAGCUGGACAAGCCCCAGGGUGUGCAUGGCACAAACAAGGCAUUCACAGUUAGGAUCUUCCUUCUCUGUUUGGGGAAAGAUGCCUCACAUUAAAAUUCUUGAUUCAGGGGGCACAAAAGGCAGAAGGAAAGAAGGGCAAAGGAGUGAGUUUGCCUUUUUUAGGGGAAGGGAAGUCUCCUUUGAGGGAUUUAGAGUUGUUUUGUUCCUAAAAUAAAGCAAGGUUGGGAUUUCUGUUGCUCAAAACUUUAAAAUCAAGAUGGAGUAUUUCCUCUUCUCUAACAAAAUGGCAGGAUGCCCCAGGUUAUCUGGGUGAAUACAAAUCUGUCUUUAGUACCAGUCAUGCAACAUCCCUCAGUUUCUGGCAUACUGAAAUCAGUCCUGAGUCCAUAAUCAGGUGCUACUCUCCUGAGGAAGCUCUGUAAAGAUUCAGGGCCAUGUCUGACAAGAAGAAAGCAGAUCCUGAAUGAGCUCAGAAAGGAAGGUCAGCAAAACAGCUCAGCAAUUUCUAUGAUUUAGAACCAACCUCACCAUGUCUAGGGACUCAACAUUUUUAGCAUAGCAAGAUUACUACCCCCUUGGUUUGAAUGGUGCUUUUGGUUAGAGGCACAACUUCAGACUUUUGCCACAUUGGCACAAAGCAUCAAUACAAGUUUACUGGGAAUCUGUGCUCUGCUUCCUAUAAUCAUUGUUUUCCAUUUAAAAGUGACUGCUAAAUACACUGAGUUUACCAUGACCACUUUUCCCCGACUUCCCUGUAUGCAAUGAAUUCAAUCAGGCAGGUAUCAAAACCUCUUAUCAGAGCACUUCCCCAGGAAACUCGUCAUGCUUCUGUGAACACAGGGCACCUGCCAAUAAGGUAAACCCAUUUUCAGAUUUAACUUUGGGAUAUUAUGUAUAAAAAGUAAGAGUACACAUCAAUUAGCAGCAGAGCUGGCCUGGCCUCCCAUCCAAAUGAAGUUCCCUCAUUCAGCCCUUCCACACCUAAUUCUGAAAACAAAUAAAAGGUGGGAGGUUCACAUCAUUUAUUCUGCCUUCAGCAACAUCAGCUCUGCAGUCAGGAUGAAUCUCCCUAUUUUGACUGCAGUCCUUCUUGGACUUGUCCUGACUCCAGCCCUUGCUGAUUACCAUCAGCAGACUGAAGUAAGCAAGAAAAUCUCCAUUAGUGGAGGCUAUCAAAUUAUGACCAUCAAUAGGAAAUGGCUUGUGGCAAGUAUUGAGCAAAAGACCAACCGUGGGUCCUGGAAAACCAUCUGGAACUAUGACACAGGCUUUAUGGCAACCAAAGUGCUGCCAGAGAGAGCUUGCUACCUUUCCAUAAUGAACAGAACAGAGAUGCCCAGCUUUGAUGCACUCCCUCAACUGGCUGCAGACAUCAGGAACCACAAUCGUCCAAGACCCCCUAUAAAGGAGAUCACAUUCACCCUCGUCAAGAGAGUUAUUCGUGACCUUGAAUCAUAUGGACCAGACACCUUCUCUAUGUGCAGAGGACUCACAACUUAUGUGGCUUAUGAAGUUCAUGGACCACAAUUCAAUCUUGGAUCAUGCAUCAAACUUGAUGUCCUUCAAUAUUUGGCCCUCACGUACUGCCAUAACGAUAACUUUGUGUAAAUCACACCUUUCUUGAACCUUGUGUGGAUGCUCCAGCAGCAGCCUUGUAGCUGCUGUCCAAAGCCAGCCAUGAUGGAGUUCUUUCCUGGCAUCUCUUCUUUCAAGAUAUUCAUUUGUGAGGUUUGAGUACUGAAACAGAUCAACUGGUGAGCAGAGCUAUCAAUUAAAUCCCUUCAUGAUGGAAUAA